AUGCCUCCGAUAUCCUCCCAGCGGCGCGCCUUCAACGAAGAGAAAUCAUCUCUCUCUGAUGACGAUGUUGGUUUCCUCUACCAAGUUGUUACUCGCGCUGAAGGGAAACCUGACGCCGAGCGACUCCCAUUUCGAGCGCUUUUUAUUGCUUACGACGAGGUAAAAGCUGAGCAUGGCGUCGACCCUGAUCCUGGCCUUGCGUGCAUGCGCUUCUUAUUCAGUAUGGGAAGCAAGGACGUCCAAGGACCGACACUUUUCGAGAAAUUCGAGAACACGCUUCAACAUAUGGGAAUUGUAAUUGAACUGGGCGAUGAGGGGUCGACAGGUUUCAAUGAUACGGUGGAUUAUGGACAAUACUCGGACGAGGUUUCUCGUAGCCAAAUGGACCACCAACACCACCCAGUUACGAAUGGAACCCCGGUCACACCGAGGAGACGUGCGUCAUUCAACACCACACUUGAUAUUGGCGAAGAUGCCACCCAUAGGAGCCUUAUUGAACGACCGAGCUCGCGAUCUUCUAUGUCACGACUACAAACUGGAAAACCCGACUUUGCGAAACAUAAACUGUCACCGAAGCCAAAGCCGUCCUCCAACCGCACACCUAGAUCGCCAGACCGUACACAAUUGAUCGCGCAAUUCUUGGACGUUGGCCGCCGAUUGAUAAACAGAUUUGACAGCGUCCAGAAUAAGCAAGCGGAUAAAGAGGUGACGCAUGUGACGAACGGAGUGGUGGCGCGGGCAGCUGUGGACCGUGAUCGUUCUCAGAGAAUGGUGGCUUCUUCACAAUCCAGGCAUACGCCUUCUGUUAUCUCUACAGAUAGCCUGGAUUCCCAAGAAUCUCAAUCCAGCGUGUCACAACCCCCAGAGCUUGAGAAAGAAGAGCCACCACUGGAAAACCAUUACCGACCCCAGCUUUCAGAUCUACUGCGGGAUGCAACUACCUUCAAUAUGUAUCGGCAGCGGGCAAUGUGCCGCAAGAUAUUGACCCAGUGGUUUAAACGCGCCCUUCAAACACGACAGACUCGCGAGAAGAGGGAAGCCAUAGCUGUGAAUCGUGACCGGAGUACUUUACUUCGACAAGCAUUCGAGCCAUGGCAAGCAAUCAUCAAAGAAAAACGACAUGCUGUUAGAACGGAGCGCUUUUUCAAACACCUAGAUGAACGAGCGAACCGCGCUCGGGAUCUGUAUCUGAUGACCAAAGCCUUUACCCAUUGGGCCCAAUUUACAUCUGAAGAGGUUGCUCGGACAUCUGCGGCCCGGCGACAUGUCUUGAGUAUAAAGUACUUCAAUGCCUGGCGUGAGAUCACUGCCGUGAACGAGUUGAAAGCCCAAAGAUUUGCCUUACAGAAACCUUUCAAUCAGUGGCGCAAGAAACUUGCGGCUAUUAAGCAGGCGGAAGGUCGAGCAGUCACGGUUCACCAAAAAAACUUACAACAUGCCUCGUAUUGGCAAUGGUUCUGGGGCUUUUGCGAACGUCGAGCACCUGAAUGGUAUGAUUACCGGCUUAAGAGGCGUUCGUUACUUUAUUGGUUACAGAACUUUCGCACCAAUCGAGAACGUGAUCACGAAAUAGCCUUGCAUAACAGACGAUCGGCCCUGGGCUCUGCGCUUCAAGUAUGGUCACAGAAGACAGAGAGAAUCGGAUCUGCGCAACAGCAAGCUGAAAAUACCCAGCGUCAUCUAGCCUUGAAUAAAGCCUUUGAGGAAUGGAAAGUUCAAUCUCGGUUAGCUCCUGCGGCCUCUCGAGUUACAGAUAUGGUGAAUAGCAGAGUGCUUCAAAACACUUUCUCAAAAUGGAUUUCCAAGGCCCGAAUGAUGGACCGGGCACAAGAGAUGGAUCGACAGAGAAUCCAGCGCAAUGCAUGGACUUCCUGGAAUGAUACACUACGCUGCCUCGCUCUUCGUGCGCGAAUUGAUGAGCGGUUGAAAAUGGAAAUCAUGUACAAGUGGAUUCUCAUGGAAAGAUUUCAGCUAAUGCGCAGAAUUCACGAACAGCGCAUUAAACGGGAGGUGUUUACUCGAUUUGUCACAAACACGCGCGAUACUUAUACGCGAUUGUUGUUUAAUGCGGAAGCUCACGAGGAGCAUCGAACAGAAGAUUUGGCACGCUCCAAAUUAGCGCUCUGGCGAGAACGAUUAGUCAUUCAACGGGAACGUGAAUACACUGCCUUUGAGUUUUAUGCUCCUCGGCUGGCACAGGAGUCUCUCAUGGCCUGGAAAGCAAAGCAUGAGCACAAUCAGAAAAUGGAGGCUUGGGCCAACGAUGCACGCUUCUACUUUCUGAUGAAGCGAUCCUUGAAAGAUUGGCGUCAAGCUACACUGGACUCCACCAAGCGGCGGCGGAAAGAUGCCUAUGCUAAGGUGCGACGAAAAAUCAAGAUGAAUUUGGCUUCUAACGCACUCGCCACCUGGAGGUCUAAAACCCAUGCCAUCAUGGACUUGCAGCAGCAAGCUGAAGAUGUCGAUCAUGGUAAAGUGCUUGAAGAUUCAUUCGAGUGCUUCUCUCGAUGGCAUGGCCAAGCGCUCAAAAGAGUGCAAGAUUACCAAGAUGCCGAUUAUCAUUAUUUACAUCAAGUCGCUUUUCAUCAACUCAUCCAAAUGUCAGAGACCUUUGUCAUCCGCCGCGAGAUGGAAGAUGAAGCAGAUAGCUUCCGCCGCACCCACAUCCUCAACCAAGCUGGAGGGGCACUUCGCAAACUCAGUUUGCGCAUUUUUCAGAUGAGAAACACGGCCGAGACCUCCGAAGCAAUGCGGGAACGAACGUUGCGCAAACAUUCGAGAAACUUUUUCCGCCACUGGUUGGAGAAUGCCCGGCUGAAAUUCGAAGCCCGAGAUUCACCCGGCCCAUCCUUGGGCCCAACUCUGACACCUGCUCGGUUCUCCAAUGCCUCCGACGUUAAUGGUACUGGAGCCUUGUUUGACCCGUGGUAUCGGAAUCCAGCUGAGACCCCUUUCAAACUCGCCGACAUGACGACAAAUUCACAGGAGCAUGUCUCCGCAAGCCCGCUGGCCACUCCAAGCUACCUGACAUCACCAUCCAAGCGAGCUGCCCGGGCGAGGGCCUUGGCUCAGAUGUCCACCACUCCCGCAACACCUUUACAUACUCCCUUUGCCAGCCGACUGCUCCGUGCAGAUUCCUCUGCUGCUCGAUCCGCUUCCUCUUUACGACCCCGUACUGGCCGUGGAAAUUCCAUCGCAACAAGUGUUCGGUUCGUGGAUGACGAUCUUCCUGAGUCUCCAACUGACGGUCGGAAAUCUGCGAAUCGACGACCCUGA